AUGUUCCGUCACUACAGCGCGCGUUCUCGACGAGCAUCCGCGUGCUCUUGGCUCCACGGUCGAUCCGACGUGCUGACGAUCCAUGCGCACACCAAGGGUCUCACCCCUUCCUCGAUGUUGUAUCACGGAAGCGCCUCAGUCCUCGAGGGAUUGCGCGGUACGGGCGUCCACAAGGAUCCGGAACUCGAGGAUCGCCACGCACAGGCGGUUACGCAUUGGAAAUGGAUGCAGCUGCCAGUUAGCAGCCCGCCCAGGUUGGAAGCUGCGAUACGAACGGUGCCGGGCAGCAAAGAAGAGGAGAAGCUCUCGAGGACAGUUGGGAAGAGCCGAAGACAGCGACCCGGCACAGCAGCGACAAGUAUGGCCUAA